UGCCCGCCCGUCUUCUCACGCGUCCUCGCGCGCGGCCUCGCGGAUUCCGCGCGAGAGGGAAAAAAAAACGUGCUGCCAGCAGCAGCAGCAGCUCUCGUCCCGUCACGUCGUCGCCUGUCUUCUUCUUCUUCUUCUUCUCUCCUCAGCACCGUGUCGUGUCGUGUGCUUGUUCCGCGUUACAUAUUUCGAGCGUGUGCGUGCAUGCGUGCGAGCGAGCGAGAAACGUUCGAGCCUUAGUUAGUUAGCUGGCCGCUAGAUUCGAUCGGCGAGAGAUUGAACGUACGAACGAGCGUGAAUCACGAGAACGUGCGAAUUGGCAAAUGCGCUCGCGACGCCCCGCGCGCUGAGAGAGCGACCGAGUGUGCCUCGAGAGAGCUUUUAGUUCGAGAAACCGAGAUCCGCACGAGGCCGUCCGAGAGAGAGAGGGAGAUAGAGCUAAGCGAGCGAGCGGGCAGGCAGGCAGGCAGGCAUCUCGUAACGUUAGAUUCAGGGCACAUGGGAUCAUCCGGGCCCGUCUCGAGAUGAACGGUGAUUUCGGGUACGUUUACAUGAAUGGGGACAUCGGGAAGCUGCCACCAGGGGCGGUCUACCCAGCCACCCCUGAACCUCUGGGUCUGCAGGUUGCAGGAGCGAUCGGUGGUGGAGUGCCUAAUAUAGACUACGGAGUCAUGAACGGUGCGCCAAGUGGCAGUGAACUGAUUCUUGAUGCUGGUGUCGGCAGCCAUCUGGAACCAUCUCCCCAACACGCCAUAGGCAUGCAUGGAGGCGCGAUUGGAUACAGUCCGGUGGAUGUUGCUGCUCUGGGCGAUGCUUCUGCCGCUCCGCCACCAUCCGCACCAAUGGCUGAUCUAAAUGUCCCUGGUAUACCCUUGGAACAGCUCAAGCAGAUGCUCUCUUCGCAACUCGAGUACUAUUUCUCCAGAGAGAAUUUAGCCAACGAUACCUAUUUGUUGUCACAAAUGGAUAAUGAUCAGUAUGUGCCGAUAUGGACAGUAGCGAAUUUUAAUCAAGUCAAGAAGCUGACGAAAGAUAUCAAGCUUAUAACGGAGGUGCUGAGGGAGUCUCCCAAUGUGCAAGUGGACGAGGAGGGGCAGAAAGUUAGACCCAAUCACAAACGAUGUAUCGUGAUACUUCGUGAAAUACCAGAUAGUACUCCAUUGGAGGAUGUAAAGAAUUUAUUUUCCGGAGAAGGAUGCCCGAGGCUUAUCUCGUGCGAGUUUGCUCAUAAUAGUUCGUGGUACGUGACGUUUGAAUCCGACGACGAUGCUCAAAAGGCCUAUCGAUUUUUACGCGAGGAAGUUCGAGAAUUUCAGGGAAAGCCAAUAAUGGCGAGAAUUAAAGCUAAACCAAUGAACAGGCUACCGAUACCAACGGUGGCCAAUGUAGGUGGUAUAAAGAAUGGCUACAGAACUCCACCCCCUCCUCCUGUCUACGAUCCGAGCAGUUACACGACUGGACAACAACGUUUUCUCUAUACCAAUGGCACGACCAUGCCUCAAACGAUGCCGGCGUACCCGAACCAGGUUGUUUAUCAUCAACCGUUCUAUCCCGGUAUGAUGCCUUGGGGACCAACUAGUCCCGCUUAUUUCGAUAUGUCCAGUGUUUUUACGAUGAACGGAAUCACACCGCACAACACGUUUACUCGUUCAAACCCAAGAUACACUCCUCGCCACAGAAAUAGACAAAGAAACGGCUCCGACCGAAGCUGCUUGAUAGACCCCGUCAAUCCUAGCAACAAUAGCAACAGCCAUCAUCACCACCACCACCACCAUCACCACCACCAUCAGCCGUCGUCUAUGCCGCCGCUGAGCAAUCGUAGCUCCCAUCCCCCUAUGACCGGCGGCAACGUGUCUCUAAGCUCCACGUCCACCUAUCACGCUUCGAGCCUGCCUUCCUCGAAGCCGCCCACCUCGUCGUCCUCCUCUUCCUAUCAGUCCGGCACAAAGUUCCAUUCGUCGUCGUCCGUCGAGCACGCGAAGGGAUCUUCCUCCUCCUCGUCGUCCUCCGCGCAGGACCAGGACGCGGCGGCCGCGACGGUCGAGUCCUCCUCCACUACCACCGCCGCCACCUCCCUAUCCUCGGCGCCUUCGUUUCCGCGCCACCGUAUCCACCGCAGGACCAAAGAUCAGGACGCGAAGGUGGCUGCGGGAAAUAAUCAUUCGCUGCCGGCGAUCAAGGAGUCCCUGCCGGCGAGCGGAGGCAGCAGUAGUAGCGGCGGUAGCUGUCCAGGUGGCGGUGGCCGCAGCAGCGGCGUCCAGUUUGACCUCGAGGCGGCCGCGUUUCCGCCUCUACCUGGCCUCGAUGCCGAUCACGGCAAAGCGUCUACUGACAUCGGCACCAGCGGCACCGGCACCGUCGAGUCCUCGUCGCAAAAUCGACUGUCCGACGUCGUCAAGGGCACCGCCAAGCUCAAGGCUGUCAUGAAGGAUAAGGAAAGUGCUAGUGGCAACCACCAGCAGCAGCAGCAGCAAUCUCCCCAGCAGCAGCAAACCGCGGCGCCUCCGCAGACUCCAGCGACCGCGACGGCUGUCGCCAGCAGGUCCGCUAGCCCCGGAGCGGAGGUACCGGGAAACGCUGCGUCGUCGACGAACUCGUCGACGAGCGCCGCCGCCGCGCACACCCUUAAUCCGCCGACGACAACGCUGAACAACGAGAACACAUCAUCGCUCGACGCCGCCGCCGCGCUCAGCACCGUCAUCGCGCUCACUCCCCCGUCAUCUCCUGAUAAAUCUAUAAAGACUGACGACUCGAACAUGGUGAACGGUGUGGACGAUCCUGUUGUCGCGCACCUGCCUGCGGCGACAGCGACGAUAACGACGACCACGACGACGACAACGACGACGACGGCGGCGACAACGACGGCGACGACGGACGACGCCGAGCCGAUGUCCAGGUGCGAUUGCAACAACGUCGUCGUCGUCCCUCCUCCUACUACUGCCUCACAGAGCUCUCAAUCGCAGACUGGAGUGGCCUCUGCCUUCCCUAUAGAUCUUACGAGGCCAAGCUAUGCCCAAGUAGCGCAACAUUGUCGUGAGCUACCUUGUACAAAACACAAAACAGACGAGAGGGACAGAAAUGUUUAAAGGCUGCACGUGACGGAAGAGAGGAAGAAGACACACUGUGUAAACGGCGAAGGGCCGACUUCGGAUGUCGCAUUCGAAGAGUAGGAGGCUGCCGAAAUAUAUCUCUACCACGCGACUCGGGAUAUGAAAAACGAACGAUAUUUAGCUGCGCUACGACGUCAUCGCCAUCUUCUCGGGGCCGGGAUCGGAUCGGACGGAAUCAGGAUAUCGGAGCUCGCCAGCUGUAGCUUUCACCUACCUAUCUAUCCUCCCCCCCUGCCUGCCCCCUCCCCUCUCGGAUCGACGCCGUCACGUGCUGCAGGCGCGUGAGGAAGAGAGAACUUUUUACAUUGUACAGUGACGUCUCGCCUACGAUCAACGAUCGGAUUGAUCGACGAAGAUCGGUCAAGAAUGUGAGAGAGAGAAAGAGAGAGAAAUAGUGUGUGUAUGUGUGCGAAUGCGUGUAAUUAUAGUGGCUCAUUUGCGGGCGCUACUAUUAUUAUUACUACAGGGUGAUCGGAGAGUCCCGUGGGACGACGAGAAUUGAUGAUGUUGAUCGCCUUUAAUUUGUUUUUUAAUUGGUCUUUAUUCGUCAAUUUUCGUGAGACGCAAUGAUUGAUUUCGAUUGUAAUUUAUUCGCGAUCGCGGAAGGACUUUAAUAAUGAUAAGGGAGAAGAGACCCGAGAUAUUCUAAGACUCUGAUGAUUUCGAUGAUUAUCCGAGCGGACGGAGAAAGAAAUUUAGAAAAGAAAAAGCGACUAAAGUCCAGGGGAGAAAGAAAAGAACAUGGCUGCGUGCCGUGUUUGUCUGAUAAUAGAAAGAGCUUUGUAAAAAGAGACCUCAUGAUAGGCCGAAUCGCUAUGUUUCGAAGAUCGGGAAAAAAUCGAAAGAUUGUAGGAACGUGUAAAAAUUUAAGUUUAAUGAAAAAAAUCGAUGAUUUGGAUGUUUAUCGACUUGUAAAAAAAAAAAAGACGAGUUUCGGAUAGACGGGAGUUUUCAGUGUAUCUAAUGUUUAAUAAAAUUUAGUUUUCUAAAAAUGUUGCGCCUCUAUAUUGAUCCGAAGUACAUUUCGAUCAUAUAUAUGUAUAUAUAAAUAUAUGCCGUGUUUGUUAAAUAUCUAUAUAUAUAUGUAUAUAUACUCGUUAUUAAUUAAGAAUCUUACGUCUAACUAAGACUUUCUUAUUUGGUAAGAGUUAAGGACUUUUAAUUAAUAACGAGUAUAUAUACAUAUACAGAUUUAAAGAAAAAAAUCU